ACGAAAGACGACAGCCGACAGAUUCAAGUUCUUUUUAUAGCGUGCAACGGCUAAAACAAAUACAAAAUUUUGUUUACCUUAACCGACAGAUAAAGAGGAAGCGUGUCUCAUAGAGCACAGUGAUUGCCACAGUGACGCCACACAGACGAAAUGUCCGGCACGAUACUUGAGAAUUUAAGCGGUCGCAAGCUGUCCAUAUUGGUCAGCAGCCUGAUGCUAUGUCAAGUGGUAUGCUUCCUGAUGGGUGGCCUCUUUGCACCGGUGCCCGCUGGACAUCAGACUGUGUUGGGCAGCAAGUGUCGCGAUGUGCCCGGCCGUCAAAAUGACACCAGUUUCUUUCUGUAUUCGCGCGGCAACGGGGCAUGCAAAUCUCUGCAAGACAUUGACAUUGAGCAGGACGAACUGAAGAUGGCCAAUCAAUUGGUGUAUGUCUUCCAAAUGCCGCUGCCCCGUGACAAUAAUACGCUGCAAUAUUCGCGAUGGCAACAGAAUCUAAUUGGUGUACUCCAGGUGGAUAUUGCAUACGACUCGGCCUCCGAGUUGCGAGAGCCACCCAAGGAGCUGCAGCUAACAAUCGAUACGCGGCUCGCGUAUCGCAACCAGAAAGAUGCCGAUACGGACUGGAAGCUGUAUGCGCACAGCGUGGAGCAGCGCUAUCUGGAUUGCCAUGCCUCGCACGUUGGCCGCCUGGAGACGUUGUACACUUGCGACAUAAUCCCAUUGUUCGAGCUGGGCGCACUGCAUCACAAUUUUUAUCUGCUCAAUUUGCGCUUUCCCAUGGACACGCCCAAACAGAUGAAUCUCCAGUUUGGUCACAUGCACGAUCUCACAUUGACCGCUAUACAUCAGAACGGUGGCUUCACUCAGGUUUGGCUGGUGCUGAAGACUCUGCUCUUCCCAUUUGUAAUCGGCAUCAUGAUGUGGUUCUGGCGUCGCGUUCACAUACUCCAACGUUCGCCGGCACUGCUGGAGUACAUGCUGUUCUAUUUGGGGGGCGCAUUGAGCUUCCUCAAUUUACCGUUGGAGCUUCUAACGCUGGGCGUCGAGAUGCCCUACAUGCUGCUGCUGAGCGAUGUGCGUCAAGGCAUCUUCUAUGCGAUGCUGCUCUCCUUUUGGCUCGUGUUUGCCGGCGAGCAUAUGCUAAUCCAGGACUCGCCCAGCAAGUCAACCAUACGCUCACGCUACUGGAAGCAUCUCUCGGCUGUUGUCGUCGGUUGCAUUUCGCUCUUUGUGUUCGACAUUUGUGAGCGUGGGGUGCAGAUGCGCAAUCCCUUCUACUCGAUUUGGACAACGCCGCUGGGCGCCAAAGUGGCGAUGAGUUUCAUUGUACUCGCUGGCGUCUCGGCUGCCAUUUAUUUCCUCUUCCUGUGCUUCAUGGUGUGGAAGGUGUUCAAGGACAUUGGCGAUAAGCGCACCUCUUUGCCAUCUAUGUCACAGGCACGACGUCUGCACUACGAGGGACUCAUCUAUCGCUUCAAAUUCCUUAUGCUGGCCACUCUGCUGUGUGCUGGCCUGACCGUCGCUGGCUUCAUCAUGGGCCAAAUGGCCGAAGGACAUUGGAAAUGGAAUGAGAAUAUUGAAAUUCAGCUGACAUCGGCCUUUCUCACUGGCGUCUAUGGCAUGUGGAACAUCUAUAUCUUUGCCCUGAUCAUCCUAUAUGCGCCCAGUCAUAAGCAAUGGCCGACAAUGCGUCACAGCGAUGAGACGACGCAGUCCAAUGAGAAUAUUGUCGCCUCCGCCGCCAGCGAGGAAAUUGAGUUCAGUAAUCUGCCCUCAGAUUCCAAUCCCAGCGAAAUAUCAUCGCUCACCUCCUUCACGCGCAAGGUGGCCUUCGAUUAGUGAGAUCGGGCGAAAUUCGAUUAUACGGCCAGUUGAAUAUAUAUGUUGUGUGCCAAACUAUUUGUAAGAUUCGAUUUUGGCGGCCAGGGAAAAUGCUCGACUUGUGCGUAUUUUCAUUAGUAUUACAUUUACCAGUAACAUUUCUUGCCUAGUUUUUUUGUAUACUUUUCACACACAUACACUCUUAUACAUAUAUAACUUAUCAGCAUUCAUUAAUGCAUUUUUUAUAGAUUUUUCUCUGCAUGCUCAAAGUAGUGUUCAAGUCCAAGGUUUUUAACUGAUAUUUGUAGUAAACAUGUGUACUUAUUUAAAUCUCUAAAUAUAUAUAUAUAUAUGUAUCUGUAUCUGUAUGCCUCGGCAGUAUUAUAUAUGUGGAAAACUUUUUAACUAGCCAUUAAGACUCAAUUAACGAACUUCAUCGGGUGCUUAGGGAUUGCAUGCACAACAUCUGAAUACACAAAACAUUAAGGAUAUAUACGCUAUUAUACAUUAUACAUACAACCGAUUCGCAAUUUUAUCAACUGUCAAACGUAGAGCAAUUUCUCACUCUCUUUUAUAGUAGCAAUGCAAUGAAUAAAUAAAAGCAAUAUUUAAAUGAC